GAAAGAAAAUCGAUUAUCGGCUAAUUUUGAAUGAAAACAAUAAUCAAUAAUGGUUGGAUAAUAAUUAUAAUCCUGAAAUUGAUAAAUUAGUUAAUCAAUUGGAUGAUCCAAAGAGAAGAAGAAUUAGAGUUGAAUAAAAGUAAAGAUCGAUGUCGGCGGCGGAUAUAUCGGGGAUAUUGGAGAACUCAAGGGAGCUUGAUCGCUUAAGGAAAGAUCAAGAAGAAGUUCUUUUAGAGAUCAAUAAGAUGCAUAAGAAGCUUCAAGCCACUCCUGAGGUGGUUGAGAAGCCCGGUGAUACUUCUUUAUCAAGACUCAAGAAUUUAUAUACUCAGGCCAAGGAUCUCUCUGAGAGUGAAGUGAAUGUUUCUAAUCUCCUGUUAAGUCAACUGGAUGGUCUACUCCCACCUGGGCCUCCUGGACAGCAACGAAGAAGGAUAGAAGGUACUGAGCAGAGAAAGAAGAGAAUGAAGGCUGAAUCAGAUAUAUCAAGGCUUUCUCCUUCAAUGAGAAAUCAAAUUGAGGCUUGUGCUAGUCUAAAGGGUGAACAGGUUGCGGCUAGGGUUACUGGAAAUAAUGCUGAAAAAGAUGAAUGGUUCGUUGUAAAAGUGAUGCAAUUUGAUAGGGAGACAAAAGAAUUUGAAGUACUUGAUGAGGAACCAGGUGAUGAUGAAGAUGGUGGUGGUGGUCAAAGAAAAUACAAGCUGCCCAUGUCAUGUAUUAUACCUUUUCCCAAGAAAACUGAUCCAUCUAGUGCUCCGGAUUUCCCCUCUGGAAGACAUGUUUUGGCCGUUUAUCCCGGAACCACAGCACUCUAUAAGGCAACUGUUGUCAGUCCCCCUAGGAAGAGAAAGACUGACGAGUACUUGCUAGAAUUUGACGAUGAUGAAGAGGAUGGAGCGUUGCCUCAGCGGGCAGUACCUUUCUACAACGUGGUUGCGUUGCCGGAAGGACAUCGUCAAUGACUCCUUGUUUAUAGCCUGUAUAUAUGAAUAAUUGUUGUAUUAGUGUUGAACAUCACCGGAGUAGUUGACAGUUUUUAGUAAUUCAUGCUUCCCCUGAACUAUUGGGAAAUCUACCUAUUUGUCUCGCCAUGAAGACACGAGUCCUUAUUCAUUAAGCGAUAGAAAGAUGCCUUGGUUUAGCCUUUAUGCGAGUCCUUAUUAGUGGUCUGUUACAUUGCUUGUAGAACGCUCACCUAAUAGUGAGCAGAGAUAUGAGAAUUGGUGGUUAUAAAAAGCAGUAGAUAAUUAUUGUCUAA